AUGGCCAUCGCAAAAGAAGUCAUCAUCCUUAUCGUCAUCGUCGGCUGCGUCGUCAGCGUCCUAAUAGGCUACUCCAUCCACUCGCUCGCUACAAACGGCUUCCACGGACAGGGAGAACCCAAGGAAAUGUCUGACGACCAGAGACGGUAUAUGCGGGAGUUCCGAUUGAAACAGAUGAGCUGGAUGGCGCGAGACGCGCGAGACGCGCGGUCACGGCCGGAUAUCGAGACGCCGGUUGGGUCGGGGGUUUAUUCGAGGAUGGGGUAG